AUGGGCUUAUCUGUGAUGCAGAGAGAGGUGAGUGAAUGUACUACAUCUACAUUUAUUACUUUAUUGGAAGUGCAAAGGAAACAUGCCAUGAUUGAAUGGUGUAUGAAAGUUGGUUUGAUUGCUACUUGUUUUGUUUGUCCGAAGUGUGGUGAUCAUAUGCAUUUGUGUGAGAGAAAGGGAAGUAAGGAGGGGUUUGAAUGGCGAUGUAGAAAGCAAGGACCUAUGAAUGUGCAUGGUGUUUGUCGGAGUAUAAAGAAAGGUUCCUGGUUUAGCCAUUUAAGUUUAUGUGAUAUAUUGAUAAUUACGAGGUGUUGUUUUUUGAAAAUGGGAAAUGAAUCUCUGAUGCAAGAAGUGAAAGUGCAUGAGCAUUCUGCUGUUGAUUGGUUUAUGUUUUGCAGAGAAGUGUGUAUGAUGACUGUGUAUCUUUAUUCCAGCUCAGAAAUAUAUCGUCUUAACCUGGAACAAGGACGGUUUCUAAAUCCUUACCAAACAAAUGCAAGUUCUAUUAACAAAAUUGUGGUCCAUCCUGGUUAUGAUCUAAUAGCAUGUGGCACAGUAGAGGGAAAAGUAGAAGCUUGGGAUCCCCGAAUGAGACAGAGAGUUGGAAUUUUGGAUUGUGCUCUCAGUUGCAUGGCUGAUAAUACAUUUGUUGAAGGUUUCCCAUCAGUAACUGCAUUGUCUUUCAAAGAUGGUUUAACUCUUGGUGUUGGCACUUUUACAGGACAAAUUUUAUUAUAUGAUGUAAGGACCAAUAAGCCUUUUAUGGUGAAAGACCAUAUGUAUGGACUUCCUAUAAAAAAUGUGGAGUUUAUCAAAAGUGAGGAGCUUGUAGCAUCUCUUGAUCCAAAAUGUGUUAAAUUUUGGAAGCAAAAAACAGGGAAGCCUUAUACAACAAUUCAAGCUCCAGCCCAUUUAAAUGAUUUAUGCUUUGUCCCGGAAACUGGUCUUUUAUUUUUGGCUAAUGAAGAUAAAAAGAUCUUGACAUAUUUUAUACCAAGUAUUGGCCCAGCUCCACAGUGGUGUUGCUUUUUGGAUAAUAUAACCGAGGAGCUUGAAGAAUCAAAGCAAGAUGCUGUUUAUGAUGAUUAUAAAUUUGUCACAAAGAAAGAACUUGAAGAACUGCAUUUGGACCAUUUGCAAGGUACAAGCUUACUCCGAGCAUACAUGCAUGGAUAUUUUAUGGAUAUCCGCUUGUAUAAUAAAGCGAGAGCUAUAAUACAGCCCAUGGCAUAUAAAGAUUUGAAGAAAAAGAUGGUUCAUAAUAAAAUUGAGCUGGAAAGAAAGAACCAAGUCGUCGUUGAAGAAUUACCAAAUGUUAACAGAGAAUAUGCUCAAAAACUGUUGGAAAAGAAAGUCAAUGAAAAACUUCAGGUGCCUACUCCAUUUGAAGAUGAACGUUUCAAAGAUUUAUUUAAAAAUCCAGAUUUUAAGAUCAAUGAAACAGAUGAAGAAUACGCUCGAAUCAAAUCAACUGUGGAAAAAACAAAUAAGAAAAAGGUCAACAUUAUUUCCAUGUCAGAUCAAAUGAAAACUUUGGAGGAGGAAGAAACCAACAAGGCUGAUUAUACAUCUUCAGAAGAAGAGGAUGAGUCUGAAGAUGAUGAGGAUGAAGGUGAAGAUGAAUCCGAAUCUGAGGACAGUUUAGAUGAGAGUAGUGUACCAAGCAAGAAGAAGGAAAAAAUAUUUGAAGCUGUGGAUUCUGAAAGAUUUAGCAUGCUUCAUAAUGAUAAAGAAGAAGAGGACAGUUUGGUUCCUAUUGCCGAAAGAUUGAAGAAAGAGAAUUCAUCCUUUAAACAAUGUGAAUCUUUUUCUGGCAAUAAAGUUGUUACAUUUACUGUGAAGGAAAAGGAGGAAAAACAAAGUAAGAUGGAGCAAGAAAGAAAAGCUCACAUGAAAGAUAGAGCUAAGUAUCGUAGACCAGCAAAAUAUUUAAGAAAAUGAGAGUGUAAUAAGAAUAUUUUGUAAAUAAAAGGUUUUUAUCUUUUUAA